CACAAAUUCCAUUUCGUUAAUAAUGGAUUGUCCCACAAAUCUGCAUCUUUAUGGAAGUUCGAACUUCUAGCAGACUUGUAGGAUCUCUACUUAGGGUGUAAAUAACAAAUUCAUAACCAAAAUCUUUUCGCGAUUUAUGGUUCAUUUGUCUCUUCUGAGUUCAUACCCAGAUUCAUCACCCCCACUAGUUAUCCAUUAUUUCUAAUAGCAGACAAGAUAUAAACCCCACUAUUUCUCGAUUUAAAUGGAAUGGCAUUAAUUGAUUCUACACUACAAUGAGUAUUUCAUUUCAUAAGCUUAUGUGUUCUAUUAUUGAUAACACAAUCAAUAAAACACUCUCAUGCUCAUCUUAUAUUGCACUAAUUCUCGAACUAUACCAUAUAAAAAAACAUUUCAUAGAUAACGCUUUAUAUCAAAAGCAUAUGUCAAAAGCAUCACAUCUUUAAUUAGUGCAAUCAAUAAUAAUGUGAUAAAACAUUUCACAUUAUUCCAAAUUGUCAUCUCAUUACAUUCACCCAUUUCAAAAUGAAUCAGAUACAAGAAUUCUGAUUCUCUAGUCAUAUACUUAUGGGUCUUUUAGUUUGUCUAUGAAAUCAUAUAUUUAUCACAAAAAAUUAUGAGAAUGUGUCUCUAUCUUUCAAUUCUUCACGAUAUACGUCAAAGACGUGCAUGUGAGACACAAAAGAAUUCAACAACCAUAUGCAUACUCUCGUGACCAUUAUAAAUAGUAGAGUGAGCAGUAUUCAACAACACUUUCUUAAAAGCAGAUGCCUCAAUAUCCUUCGAGGCACCAGUGUCCAUCCACCAUUGUUCAGAGUUACCAGCAAGGUUAUCUCUGCUCUUUUCACAAUCAUCACAACCACCAAUCCUCCUCUUUAAUCAAGUUAACACUAGAACCAGUGUUAUACUUUCUUACACUUCCGUGUCAUAUGACCUAAUUUCUUGCAAUUAUAGCAGAGAAAUAAAACGUCAUUCUUAGAGGAUUGUGUUUAGAGGGUCUAGGAGUCUGCUAUUUAUAGGAGCAGAAAACCCAGAAUAUUCCCUCUUUCUUUGAGAAUAAGUCACAUUUUAAUUAGGAAGAUAAUUACUCCCAUAAAUAAAAUAUAUUAUAUUAAGAUAAUUAAUUCUAAUUAUCUCCAUAAUAUUCUUUUUAUUAAUUAUCCUUCUAUUUCCAUAUCUAGAAAGAAUACUGGAUAAUUAAUUCAAUAUAGCUUUCAAAGCUAUCCAUUCCCAACACUUGUUGCUAACAACAGCAACAAUGGCAGCAGCAGCGACGAACUCCUCGCCUUCCAGACUAACUCUAAAAAUUCUAGUCGACACCCAAGUCCGCAGGGUAUUGUUUGCAGAAGUGGAGAAGGACUUUGUGGAUUUCCUCUCGGCCCUCCUCUCGUUUCCACUAGCAUAAGUGAUUAGGAUCUUGUCCACCAACAAAAUGGUUGGUUGCCUUGUCAAUUUUUACUAGAGCAUUGAAGAACUCAGCGACACAUACAUCCAGGAUAACGUAAACAAGGACACAGUUCUGAAGACCAAAACCCCAUCAUGCCCGGUCCCCAGCACUCUAUUGUUAUCCGAUGACAAGAGCCACUAUGAAACGGCAAUACCAUCGCCUAGGAAGGUCUAUGCUUGCCAAGAUAUCUGCUAACAACUUGUCCUACCUGCAACAUGAGUAUGAGCCACGAGGUUCCCUUGUUGGCAGCCAAGCAGCUGCUAGUACUAGUGCACAAAGGGGUGGGUUGGUGAAAGGAGUGGUGACUUACAUGGUGAUGGACAAUUUGGAGGUUAUGCCCAUGUCCACCAUCUCCAGCAUCGCUUUGUUGAAUAAGUUCAACAUUACGGAAUUGGGUUCCCUUUAGGAGAAGGUUGUUGAGCUAGGAAUUGACCAGGUAUGUCCUAUCGUCUUUGGUUUCCCCCUUCCUCUCAUAUGUAUUGUAUAGUAGAAUUAAUGUAGGAGGAAAAUCAAUUAUCAGGGGCUGAAUGAAGGCUUCUCUACAGUCCAAAAAAGUGUUGGCAAGAGUCUUCCUUGGAGCAUGACCUAUUCAGCAUUUUUACUUGGCAGGAUUCUGCUUCACUGUUAAGUUUUUUUUUUUUUUUUUUGCUUUGUGGUCUUUGGAAUUGGAAACCUUCUGUUGGUUGGUUGUUGAUAACUUUCAAGUGUUUCCAGUAUUGGCUUUUCUUGGACGAUCUUUAGAAUCUUCUCUUUGAAGCUCUAACAGUUUACACGAUGCUUUUGACUUGUUAUGCUUUGGAAUUUAGUUGAUUUGCGAGUUGAUCAUAUUUCAGGGACACCUCGUUUUCAUAACUGACAAGUUUCAUUUCCUGCUAUAUUCUAUCCAUCUGCAAAUAAAUAUAAGGGAAUGUCAGGGUAAAUGAAUUGCCACGUCAGCCCGUGCUCAACAGCCCGCACACUGCGGAAGGGUUUCUUCGUCAUUCCAUCGACCUUUCGUAUUCCUUCUCCUCCUCUCUGUUUCUAUUCCGAAUUUCCCGUACGAGGUCUCAGCAGCUUCUCCCCUUCGGUCCGACUCCUUUCCGUAACACAGAAACCCCAUUCCGAAAUCCCUCUAGCAUACGGCGCCCCUUCCCCACCGCUAGGAAUGGCAAUGGGGCAAGUCCGGGGCGGGUUUCUUGAUACCCAGACCCGCCCCAUGGCAGGUCGGGUCAGGUCGGGUAAUUUAUCACGGAUCACGGGUCGGGGCAGGUCGACCCAAUGUGUAACACCCCACCCAGAAACUCUAUGGUUGAACCCGUGGUUCAACCGCGCAGCCAAAUCCUUGGUGUUACUGGUUGAACUCAAUCAUCUCAAACAUCAUAUCCGAUUAUUAAACACAACCAUAAAGCGUUAUCAUACAAACUCAUUAUUCGAUCCCCAACCCACUUAUUGAAUUUUACAAAAAGUGGGUUAUUAUUGAAAACACUCAGAGCAGAAAUCCUAGGUGACCAUGACAGAACAGUGUUCCAAACUACCUCAUGAUGGUAGUACAGAAGGAUAGGGCAGCCUCAGUAGUCCGAUCCUAGUUGCACCUGCGAGCCUGAAAACAGACGUGGGUCAGCAACUAAUCUGUGUGCGUGGAUCUUUCCCACGACCUAAUUUUGGGACUGCAAUCAGCUAAUCAAACAAUCGUAAUCAAUCACAAUUUAGUACUCUAGAUGCCAUCUUAAAUCAUCAUAUGUAAAAAUUACCGAUCAAAUUAUCGAAUCCACCAACUCAUCAUCACCAAAUCAAUUUAUCAAAUAAGAUAAUCACAUAAUUUCACGAACACACAUAAUCAAUGCAUGAUAUGAAAAUUCCGAUUAAUUAUUAAUGGCGCCAAGGUCACCAUACACUUACCCUCGCUCGAGCAAAUCAUCAUCCGUGGUGCUCAUGCAACCACAACACUCAAUCGCUCAUGCAACCACAGCACUCAAUCCGUGGUUUUUAACCACAACACUCAUCCGUGGUGCUCAUGCAACCACAACACUCAAUCGCAUAAGCGAGCUAAAUCUACCCACUCUCAAGGGGUGAGGGUAAGUGCAGGCCCUUUCUACAUCUAUGUGAAUUAAUAUGAUCACGAAUCAAAUCAUUUCCAUUUCCCCCAUCCAUCACAAUCAAUCCGGAAUCAAUGUAGUCUCACGGAUUAACCAGUCCAUAUAUAUAUUCCCCGUCGAUUAUCAACUCGACGUUUCACAUAAAUCAUUUCAUUCUCCAUUAAAGCUACUCAGCAGUACCAUGUCACCAUUCCUCAUCCAAAAUUCAUCAACAAUUUCACGAAAUAGCGCCAACGCAAAUAAUUAUAAAUAACCCGG